AUGGACAAACCGAGUUUUACUUCUCAAGGGGACAAUAAGAGUUUGUUGGAUGCCUUAGAGGACCUUCCAUUAAAGGGCUUUCAGGAAAUCGAUGCCACCCCUUCUACCGGCAUAACUUCUUUGCCAACACCCAAAGCAGGACCACCACACCUCAAUCUGACUGAGGUAGUCGAGCCUUCAUCCCAGUUACCUCAACUUACCGAUUCCAUGCUCUACGUGAAGUUCCCUGAACCUCCAGGCGCUCCUCUAAUCAAGGACCUCGAUUCAUUCACGGAAGGUACCGGCAAAGGAAGUUUUGAUUCGAUUCCCGCUGCUUCAACCGACCAGUAUGGUGGACCUCUACCCCAGAUAAAUAUCCUUUCGCUGUCUCUCCUUCCUCCCCACAAUACUUCUAUGUCAAUAGAAUUAUGGAGAGAAGAGGUCUAUCUUUACAGCCCGACUGCACCUCAGCCCUUCCCAAGCGAAGAACACCCUUUUGACGCGCGACCGUCAUCGUCGCCGCCCAAUAAGCGCCCACGGUCAUUAGCUUCCGACGAUGAGGUCAGGCGCAUACGCCGGCGUUCACACUCAGACGUGUGCCAACAAGUCGUGAUUUACAUGGAAAGAAAGCGGUCGCUUCCCUCCAUAGGCACUGCAUACGAUAGUGGGCAGCACCAACGCUUCCACUCGGUGCCUCAUCCCGCGCCUGACUAA